UUGUUUGUUCGUAAUCAGUCACAGCUCACAGUGAAUCAUUGGGUUCCAUUAAUCUGGGCGAUACUUCGCAACGCUACAAAUUUGGCCCUUCCAAUUCGCUAUACCUGGUCUUAUCACGCAUUCCAAUCGAGACAACGGCUAAUCGACUGACCAAUCUGUCACGCGACCAUAACCAAACUCAAUGCUACGGUGCGUUGAUGAAGGUCUCGUAAGGACGACUAUUUUGUCAGCGACCACAACGGAAGGAAAGAUAUUGAUGAUAUUUUCUUAAGGAUGAAUCCCACUGAAUUGUCUAGCUUGCUGGCAGAAACGGCAGCUGCAAUAACAGAAAUUCUAGUGGAAGCUGAGCAACGUUUUUCAGAAAACCCUGAUGAAUUUGUUGUGAAAGAAUAUGGUAUGUUAUGGCGAGUUACCAACUGUUAUUUGCUUCUUUUUAAAAAUUCUCAAUGUGAAAAAAGGGAUAACUUGGAGAAAUUGUGGGCAAAUUACUUUUCAGAAUGCAGCAUAAGGGAUGCUGUUGAAGAACUUCUUCUUGUUGAGGGAAAGUGGGACGAAUUUCUGCUAACGGUCGACAAGUUUAUGGAUAAAAACACGUGUUCUGAAAAUAAGAACCCUGCAAAUGAGAAAGAGAUAUCCUCACUCUCUUUAACUGGAAUCAAUGACAAUACAGUGUCGACUGUGAAGCAAAUAACCAAUAACAACAAAUAUUCCCUUUUUGUAUUUCUCCGCCACUUUGCCUGACUGCCUUGACGGCAGCAUAUAAAGCAUAUUGAAGAACAGAAAGAUUUAUUUUCUUCUUUAAAUUGCAAUAUCCAUGUAGUCUCAUUUGGCUCUCAGAGCGGAGCCUUAAAGUGG